AUGGAAAAUGCCCAUACAGCAUUCCACAUGGAAAAUGCCCAUACAGCAUUCCACAUGGAAAACGCCCAUACAGCACUCCACAUGGAAAAUGCCCACAUAGCACUCACAUGGAAAAUGCCCAUACAGCACUCCACAUGGAAAAAGCCCAUACAGCACUCCACAUGGAAAUGCCCAUACAACACUCCACACAGAAAAUGCCCAUACAGCACUCCACAUGGAAAAUGCCCAUACAGCACUCCGCACGGAAAAUGCCCAUACAGCACUCCACAUGGAAAAUGCCCAUACAGCACUCCACAUACAGCACUACACAUGAAAAAUGCCCAUAAAGCACUCCACACGGAAAAUGCCCAUACAGCACUCCGCAUGGAAAAUGCCCAUACAGCACUACGCAAGGAAAAUGCCCAUACAGCACUCCACACGGAAAAUGCCCAUACAGCACUCCACACGGAAAAUGCCCAUACAGCACUCCACAGGGAAAAUGCCCAUACAGCACUCCACAUGGAAAACGCCCAUACAGCACUCCACAUGGAAAUGUGGAUAUAUGUACACAGUGGCUGCGCACACAAGCGAAUUCAACAAUAA